AUGACGUCUUUAUUCACUUCUCGCUGUCGUUCAGCUGCCGGUGUUCUUAUCUUUCUCAACGUAGCUGCAGGUGUAGUGGCAAUCACUUUCGUUGUUUUAGCGAUCCGUGCAAAGCCAGUGGAUGAGAACUACUUGAUGUGUCUCUCGUGUAGGAGCUGCGAAAAGACUGGAAUCGGAUCGCUCCGAGAGGGAGAGGUUUGUGUGAGAAACACCAAUGAACUAAAAAGCGUUUUAAAACAGAUGUACCUGUCCGAACUAGACGAACACAAACGUUCAGUACCUAAGACGCCUAAAACAAAGAUUGAUAGAAAGAGACUGCCCAGUGUGCAAUUUCUAAGUGCUAUCAAACCAGUUAUUCACUUGCAAGGUCUGAAUCCAGAUCUACAACAAGAUGAAAAAUCGCUUUUGAAUGACACCUCAGUACGAGUGAUCCGGAGUUGGAAUGAAAACAAAGAAUCCCCCGUCAUUCUGAUAAAGUACGCCAUGGGGUACGAAACCGGCGCCAUUACGAUCCCAACAAGAGGUGUGUACAGAGUGUACGUGCACUUGACCUUCGCCGAUAGGGACAGCGGUCAACCCGGCGGCGGCGGCGACGGACAGACGUACGAGCAGCACGUGGUCAGGUACAACGCCAGGGACAGCACGGAGGAGGACCUGGUGAGCAGCAGCAAGUCGCAGUGCGACGCCUGCAAGAAUCCCUACAAGCAAUAUCCCACCUACAGCAGCACAGUGGUGUUUCUGAACCCCGGAGACACGGUCUACGUGAAAGCUAAUCAUUUGAAGCGUUUGAUGAAAGACAGCGAUAAACAUUAUUUUGGGGUAUAUCUGAUCUGGUAACUAAGAUCAGACAGACUUCCUCUUUACUAACCACUAUACUUCUGUCCUGGAUGCAUAGCUAAGAUAACCGAGACAUGUACAGCAUGCUUGAACCUUAAUUAGAGAUAAGCAGGAUUCUAACUGAUAUAUUACUUCCCAAGUCUGUGGAUCGACUAACUAAUGAAAAAAAUAUAUGCCAAAUUUGGUCUGGUGGUACAUAUUUUGGCCCCAAGAUUAAGUUAGAGUAGAUUAAAAUUUACAAAAUAUAUAUUACAAUUUUAUUACAGAACGACACUUUUGAAAAAUGUACAUGUGUGUACAUGUUGAAAACUUAUAUUAAUACGAAGCUUACUGAUCAAUACUUACAAUCAUGGUAUAUGUAUAUUGAUAACUCAUCCAAAGCUUCAAAUUAUAAAUUAUUUUUUAAAAUGCUUUUGAAUUUG